AUGGGAGCUGUGAGAAAGAUCAAGACAAAGCGCAGAACAAGGUACGAUAUACAGGAAUGCACUCAUCGCGCCAUUGGUGCACUUGAAGGUCCGAUAGCUCUAACAUUGCUUGUCUCUUGUAGGGACUACGAUCAAGUCCGAGCGGACAUCGACUCUCCCAAGCACCUUACGCAGUACAAAGCGACCAAGGAUGCGGAGGAUCUCCCAGGUCUAGGAAAGCAUUAUUGCGUCGAAUGUUCGAAAUGGUUUGAGAGCGAAUACAACCUGGUCGCCCAUACCAAGGGCAAAAACCACAAAAGAAGGUCGGUGAUAAUGGACAGUGCGAACGUCUUUUUGGACCGAUCACGUCUAACUCAGGGAUGCUUGAAUAGGUUGCGAUUGCUGCGCGAGGAGCCUCAUUCACAGAAAAUCGCCGAGGCUGCUGUCGGUCUGAGUACCGACAAUGGAUUGCGACAACAGGAAACGGUCGUUGACAUGGAGGAUUAG